AUGACUGAAGAUGACGGAUUCGGUUGUCGCGGAAGGGCAAGUAAAACUGAGAGACGGAAAAAAGUUCACAGGUUCCACGUUUCUGUGCUCCCUGGUACCAAGCUGGAAAGUGGACCUGCAACGCUCCAUUUUUGUAACAAUAUCUUUGUGCUGGUGCGCGAUGUUCCUCCCACCAUCAUUGGCCAGUGGAAACUCUCUGACAUGAGGCGCUACGGAGCUAUUCCCAAUGGCUUUGUCUUUGAAGGAGGCUCACGUUGUGGUCUUUGGGCUGGUGUCUUCUGUCUGUCGUGCACUGAGGGCGAAAGGAUCAGCUUCCUCUUUGACUGCAUCGUCCGAGGGAUCUCACCAACUAAGGGACCGUUUGGGUUGCGGCCCAUUCUGCCAGAUCCCAGUUUGAGCCAAGCGUACACAGAGGAGAGGAUCAGCCACGAAGCAUUGGAGCUGGAGAAACGCUUGAGUCUUCUGUCACAAACUAGUCGACAAAGCAGUGGAGGGGAUGACCGCAGUCUUUCAAGUUCGACCGAGUCCUCCGACACCAGCCAGUCGGACAGUACCAGCCUGGGAAGUCGGAUGACCCUGUGGCCAGAGCAGUUGCCGAUCAGUGGCCUGCCAGAGGGUCACUCUCUGGGCCUGGCGGCCAAGGGGCUGGGCACAGCUGAGGAGAAACUCUACGCGGAGGUCACCCGUGGGUCGAAGCCCCCUCCCAAGCCGCCCCGGUCGCGCAAGCUGCAGGAAGUGGGCCGCCAGAGUUCCUCCGACAGCGGCAUCGCCACCGCCAGCCACUCCUCCUAUUCCGGAAGCUUCUCUUCCUACGCCGGGAGCCUGGACGUUUGCCAGAGCGAUGAGUUUGGCUCCUUGCUCAGCAUCCCGUCGGCCUGGCCCGCCGAGCGGACCCUGUGCACUUGCGAGACUCCCGGGUCGGAGUAUCAGGUUCCCAGCUCCGUACGCCAUCACUACGACACGCCUAGGAGCGUCUUACAGAUGGCUGCGACAAAGGAGGCUGCUUCGAUGAAGGACCAGGCCCGUGCGCCUCAGGAGAUGACCGACUCACAGAGGUGCAAGAGCUUUCCUGCUGCCCUGGAAGGUGCCAAGGACCUGUCUGCCGAACUGCCCGCCGAUAUCGCGCCAAGGUGGACCCAGUUAAAGCUACAGGGGCUGGAAGCAGACACCGCUGCAGGAACCACGGACCCCAGCGAGAUUUUCAACCCCCUCUACCCAGGAGCAGGGCAGACGCUUUUCACUGCCUGCCUGAUGUGUGGGGGUCUCAAGGGAACAACAGCAUCACUGUCAGGAACUUCCUCUAUCCUUGCUGCUCCAGAUAAGAAGCAAAAUCAAAAAGAGGAGAAGCUGAAGAUUGUGACAGGACAGAUGUACGAGUUCAUGGAAGCUCUUCCAACAGAGAAACCAUCUGAGUUAGAGAAAGGAGGUGGAUAUGAAUACAUGGCCAGCUGUGGACAACAGAAACUACAAGCAGAGGGGGAAGGUCCACCAGGGUCUUUGAGAAUUCACCAAGGGCAAGGGGCACACUUGAAUAUUAUGGGUCUUAAACAUACAAAGGAGAAGGGCUUUCCAGAAGAUGAAACUUCAGGCAGCUUUGACACAAAGAAAUUAUCCGGAGGGGCAUUUGCUUACCCACUGGAGCUUUCUGGGGCUGACAGAUUGCGGCCGACAGAAGGAGCAACAUACGUCAACAUCCCAGUGAGCCCAGCUUCAAAGAAGCAGCUCCAUUAUAUGGAACUCGAGCUCCAGGAGCCCAGUCCUACCAUCCGAGGGGCGAGCUCUUCCAAGUAUGCACAGAUUGACAUCACAGCCACAGAGACCGCGCACAAGGUGGGGACUCAACAUGCCCAGCACCGGGAGGAACGGCUGCAAGAGUUGGAACAGAAGAGGAAAGGGCCAGCCCCGCAGUGA